UUGUUGCUUUGGCUAGUUGAUUAUUCAGUUGGCGUAAGCGUGCGCUCACCUCCGAUCCGAUCCUCCAGAUUCAGAUACAUGUACAUAUAUCGUACCGGAAUUGUCAACAAAAAGGCAGCGGCGCCGGCGUCAGCAUCAUCGAUUCGAAUCGAAUUUCUAAGUCUGGCCUGUGAGUGUAUGCGUGGAUGCGUGUGAGCCAGCGCCUUUGUGUGCGCGCGAUUAGUUCGCGUACUAAGCUCGGCUUGUGUCUAGCCUGGCGAUAUUGUUCUUGUUUUUGGUGGGAAGAAAAAGACGGUUUAUGCCCUUGCAAUAACAAAAACAACGAGAGAGAGAGACAUUGUCGCCGAGCAGUUGCUCCGCUGCCGCCGUCGACGUCUGCUGCCGCAGCGAACAGUUCGAUCCGCUAGUUGUUGCUGUUUAGUGUUCGUUGUGGUGUCGCUUGUUGUUGCUUUGAUCCGUUCCGAAUUCGAAUCCGCAUCCGAUUGCGAUAUAAUUCACCCAAUACAAAUUACUUAUAAUAUUUAGUGCAAAGAGGCGAAAUGUCUGUGUGCCAGUAAUUGUUGUUUGUUGUAAUUGCACCCGCACACAGCCACGAGCACCAGUGCACACGUAUAUACGUAUAUACGGGAGCGCAUUCCAAUCCCUACACACGCACACACAGUUACCAUGGAAAUUUGGCGCUCGCUCACAGUGGGCACCAUCGUGCUUCUGGGCCUCGUCUGCUUCUACACAGUGGAGUCCUGCAACGAGGUCGUCUGCGCCUCCAUAGUCUCCAAGUGCAUGCUCACCCAGAGCUGCAAGUGCGAGCUGAAGAACUGUUCCUGCUGCAAGGAGUGCCUCAAGUGUCUGGGCAAGAACUACGAGGAGUGCUGCAGCUGUGUGGAACUCUGUCCAAAACCCAAUGACACGCGCAACUCGCUGUCCAAGAAGUCCCACGUAGAAGACUUCGAUGGAGUGCCGGAGCUAUUUAACGCCGUAGCCACUCCGGAUGAGGGCGACAGCUUUGGCUAUAACUGGAACGUGUUUACGUUUCAAGUGGACUUUGACAAGUACUUAAAGGGUCCUAAGUUGGAAAAGGACGGUCAUUACUUUUUGAGAACCAAUGAUAAAAACCUGGACGAGGCGAUUCAGGAGCGGGAUAACAUAGUGACCGUGAAUUGCACGGUUAUAUAUCUGGACCAGUGCGUGUCGUGGAACAAGUGCCGCACCAGCUGCCAAACAACAGGCGCCAGCAGUACGAGAUGGUUUCACGACGGCUGCUGCGAGUGCGUGGGCUCCACGUGCAUCAACUACGGCGUCAACGAGAGCCGCUGUAGGAAGUGUCCGGAGUCGAAGGGCGAGCUGGGCGACGAACUAGACGACGCCAUGGAGGAGGAGAUGCAGGACUUCGGGGAGAGCAUGGGCCCCUUCGACGGACCCGUGAACAACAACUACUGAGCGACGUGCGGGUGCGGUCAAAUGCCAUUCAACGAACAGAACAGAA